GGGGGGGAACAGUGGGAAAAUGAAGGCUUCUUUUUAUGUGAUUAAGCAGAAUCAAAUAGUAAUCAAAACCCGAAUUCUGAAAGUUGGAUUUCAGGUUUAGGGUUUCACAAAAUUAAAAUCGUUUAAAUCUCUUCACGGUCGUCGAUAACAGCUUCGUUCUUCAGAUUUUCAAUUUGGAGGGAAAAUUCAAACGGAGCUCAAUUCGAAGAAAUGAGCACUGUGAUUAAUAGAACUCCGAAAUCGGGGAGACAAUCAUUGUUUUUCCAAGACUUGGCAUCACCGGCCUCUUCCAGGCAAGGGAAAUUCUUUAGUCCAGGUCAAGCAGCAGCAGUUUCGGCUUUACGGCGAGAGAAUUCCGGUGGCUUGAAUCUCCCGCCUCCUCCUAUGUACACCUUGGAGGACCGUGCUGAUUUUUCGCCUGAAUCCAGGGGAUUGGAUUAUCCUAUUUCUCCUGAAAUCAAGUCAGACCCAAGAACUCCAGUUCAAAGCUCUGGAUGUGACUUCGCUUCUCCUGCAAAGGGAAAGUCAGGGGCCAGCAGUUCAUUUGCCGUACUUGAUGGACAGCAGAGUCAGCAGGGUGCAGCGAGCUUGAGUUGGUGGUCACCCAAGGCAAGUGGCAGUGAGCAAGAUGACAAGGGAAAGGGCUCUCCCGUUGAGGGCAUGGUUCAGCCUGGUGCUUUGAUCACACUUCCGCCUUCAAGACAAGUUGCCAGGCCAGAGGUACAGAAUAAUUCCGUACCUGCUGGAGAUUUGGAUGAGGAAGAUUGGGUUACUGUCUAUGGAUUCUAUCCAGCUGAUACGAAUUUAGUUUUACGAAAAUUUGAGAAGUGUGGUGUGAUAUUGAAACAUGUUCCUGGUCCAAGGGAUGCUAAUUGGGUGCACAUUCUUUAUGCGGCGAGAUCCGAUGCUCUGAGGGCACUUGGCAAGAAUGGGACGCAAAUAAGUGGAGUACUGAUUGUUGGUGUGAAGCCGGUGGAUCCAAUGCAACGUGAGGCUUUAAAUGAAAGAUCGAUUGAUCAGGGUUUCAUGACUUUACCCUCAACAUCAAGUAGAACAUCAGAGCUGAACAACUUCCGGCUACCCCGCCCAUUCCAUCUUCAAAAUGGCAAUGCCAAUGCACGACAGUCGGGAGGUCCUUUGGCAAGCCCUGCAAAAUCAUUAGGUAACAAAGUCAUGGAGUACUUGUUUGGAUAUUAGAAUCAUCUCCACACCUGCCCCCAUUUUUGUUAGGGCUCAUUACGGUGUGCG